AUGAAGUUACUCGCUCUCUCAUUUGCCAUGGUGGCCUUUGUGGCUUCCAAGACAGUCCCUUUGUCCCCCCCGACGGCUGAUACUCUCAUCGGUCAAGCUUUGGUCGCGCUCGGCGGCGAGAAGGCAAUUGCUGGCAUCAAAGGAAUCACCUAUCACUCUCCAAAUGUCUAUCAUUCACGGAGUCUUAUGCAGAGCUACAACCUGGACAAAGCAGACACAGCUGUAGCAAUUUCUGGAUCCCAGAAUAUAUCCUUCAGCUAUGCUUCGGAUCAGUUAACUCAGCGAAUUGAUCGUGUUUUCAAGCCUAGUGAGUACUGGUAUUGGGCAUCUGCUAGACUUGAUGAGUUCGACUACUCUCUCGUUGUUCGCGGCGGCAAAGAUGGAUUCGCUUGCUAUGUUCGUGGAAAUAAUCAGAUCUGGCUUCCUGCAAAUCUUACAUCCGGAUACGUUGAUGCUGCCCUUGCAGAAUUUCUCGUCCUGCAAGGAAAAGUCUUUUCUCCGAAGCUUCUGUUGGAGAUGAAAAAUCAUCAUGAUACCGAGGCUAUUGAGGUUUUGAUCAAUGGAAUCAAAACACCUGCUGUUUAUGAUCCCAUUCUUGAAAUCACCAUGGUCUUCGAUGCGUCUAGCCAUCUGCCUCACAUCAUACGCACCGACGAGAAUCACAUGAUCUAUGGACCUUCGACAAACGACCUUUAUGUUUCUCAAUACAAAGCCAUCGAGGGCAUCAAAUUUCCUCACACGUUUCUGACCGUCUAUAACUCCACUACGCAGAAGCUAGAUGCGACACUCGAAGAGUUCAUCGUCGAAGAAAUUACUAUCAAUCCCAAGUUUCCCAAAGACUUCUUUAGUGGCCUGUCGAAAGGGAAAGGAUUUUUCCCCAGGGAGGCACCAAAGAGGACCGAGGGUCUCAGUCAUGCGCAUAUUCUCGAAUUCAGUAGCAACAUGCUUUGGUCUGGUCCUGGAUCCGGCAUUAGCAACAACUCUGUCGACAGUAUCAAGCACAAAAACAUCAUCCCUGGUCUACCCAAUGUUUAUUGGCUAAUCGUCAACGACGAGUUUUUAGGAGUUAAGCAAUUCGUGAUCGAGUUCGAGGACCACGUCAUCGUCGGUGAUGCACCUCCCCAGUGGACCAAGCAAGUAAUCGAAUGGAUUGACAAGAAAAUUGGGAAGCCUAUUAAAUAUCUUUGGCCUACCCACCAUCACCGUGAUCACAGUGGAGGAGCUGCUGAGUAUGUCCAACUUGGGGCCAAGUUGAUUAUCCCCGAAAUUGCAACGAGCUACUGGUCAAGCAUUCCCGGUGCCGAGCUCAUCACCUUCAACGAAACGCACCCCUAUAUCCAUAGCGAUAACAAGCACCAAGCCUGGUUCAUCUGGGAGGAGCAAGCCACACACUCCAUCGACUGGUCAUAUGCAUUUAUCACUAACAAGUGCCCUACCAACGAAUCAGGUAUUGCUAUCAUUGAGGCCGACGCAUGGCACCCUGGUAUGCCUGAUGCCAACAAUGACAGGUGGGAAAUGAGAGAGUGGCUCGGUCAGCUUUAUAGGGAUGGUGUUCCUGAAAGGGCCUAUGUUCUCCCAACCCAUGGUCAGAUCAGUCAAGUCUCGGAACUCAUUGAGCAUACUGACUAUGUCUAUGCCGCAAAAUCUAUUGGUGACUGGAAGAAUGGAGGAGCUCUGUGCCAGGCAUGA